AUGGAAAUGCGUUUGAUGAACAUCAAUGUAAGUUGUGUUCAAAUCUGGGAAAAAUUUGACAGAUUGGGACGAGAAAGAAAUCCUGAGUGGAAGAUGAGUUAUUUUUUGCCGGUAUACACUGGUAGUUAUUCAGAGGGUAUGCCAAACUCUAGCGACAUGGACAGACUAUUGAUAGCGAAAUGGAUAAACAUUCAGGAAGAGGGUACAAUUAGUCCUGAUGUAAACGAAAACUCCAAGUGUGAUGUUAUGAAUUUAUUCUACACAACUGAAGGCUGUCAUUUCGGAUAUAUUAAAAUCGUUAUAUCGAAAGAAAUCAAGCACAUUUUUAGUGACGCUCAAAUUAGGAGGUUCAAAAGAGUGUCCUAUAUGAAAAGUGAUUGCUUUAUCCAGGACAUGAAAACAUGGAUUGGUGCCCCGCCCCUUUCGGAGCUGCAUGGACCUUCGCUCACGUACAGCGGGUAUGAGGGGUUUUCUUAUGAUGAAGUAUACGGUAUAAAGAUAUCAGGGUGGCCAUCUCUUGCGAAAAGCACGCUGGACCGGUGCAAUCGGACAACUAAAACUGCCUUACUAAACUCCGAUGUAUAUGCCGUUCCAGUUGGUUAUACUCUCAGUGCAACAAAAGAUAUAGAAUGGAGGUUGUUGUUUACAAUGGCAGAAAAAGUCUUUAUGAAAACAUGGUCUAAAACUCAAUUAAAUUGCUAUUAUCUCUUGAAACAAUUGAAAAUGAUACAUCUUGCCAACCCCGAUUGUCUCAAGUCUUAUUAUAUAAAGACUGUGUUGUUCUGGAUGUCAGAGGCUUUACCGGUAACUUACUGGUGCCCAGAAAACCUCCUCAAGUUAUUUGCCAAAACGCUACUUAUCCUUAAAUGGUUCCUUUUUCAGCAUUGGCUGCCAAAUUAUUUUAUUCCAGAGAAUAACAUCAUCGACCACAAACCAGCAGAGGAAUGCCAGACCGUAGCCAAUAAGAUAUCCUCUUUGUUAACUGGCAGAAUGGAAGUUGUUAUUGCUGAACUUUUAUGUGAAGAUCAAAUCGAGGAUAUUUACGAUUUUGUGGGCUUAAAAAGAAGUAUCAUACCACCACGUUCUACAAAAAUUUGUCAACUGACGGAAAAAUAUAUUCAAACUCUAAAUGCUGAAAUCUCGGGAAAUUUGUUAGAUGAAGCAGAUAUAUUAAGUUCUUUGACCACGUGUACAAUACAGAAUUUGUGUCAGUGCAAGGCAAUGGAGGAAAUCAUUGAAGACCUGCCAAAUUUCUUAACAAAGGAGGUUUCUGGAUCAUUUUCAGUAAUCCUACGUCGAAAAGUUGCAGAUUUUUAUCAUUCUCAGAAAACAAGACAGUCACACGAAAAGGCAGAGAAACUGUACAAAGAUUGCCUUUCCCUAAGAUAUCCCAAUGGAUUUGAUGACAAUUUUAUUUCUGGGGUAGCCCACCUUGCGUUUUUCUAUUACCUGAAUGGCAACUUUAUUGCUGCGCUAGACUCAAUAGAACCAACUCUGGAAACCAUCAAACAAAGCGUCAAAUCAGAGACAACAUCUGGCUUUCUUCAUAUUGCCAUACCUUACAGUAUCGAUAGAGUAUGGUGCGAUAAAAUUUUGUAUGACAUUUUGCAGUCUCAGUCUUUCUAUUAUCCAUUGUACAUUAAUGUGGUUUCACUAAUUCUUUAUGUAGCAAUAAGAUCCCUCCUGCUCUUGUUUGAGCCACAUUCCAAAGAAAGGGAACUUUUACAGUUGACUGAAUUGUUUGUGCAAUGUGGACUUCAGAAUUUGAACCCAUGUUUAUUGGACACGUACGAUUACCUGAUAUGUGAAAUAAGGGAACUCUUGCUGUCUUGUUCCAUCCCUACACAUACUUUAUCAACGUAUGUGAUGCCGCAGAUUGCUACAAGAACAGAGAGACUGAAAAAUUACCACAACUGGAAUGAAAAUGGACCAAAAUAA